UUAACUUGAUCUCCCCAAUUCAUCUCAAGUGCACUUUGGCAACUGCGAUCAUGGAGAACGGUGAGAAGACAUCUGGACACAAACACAAGUCGAACUCCCACGACACCGUGUCGACUACCACGGAGGACAGUUCCACAAGGGAUGGAGUUGCCAAUCCACCUGGACCUCCUGCAUCUAAGCCGCCUUAUUCAUACGUGGCUCUCAUUGCCAUGGCCAUCAGAGAGAGCGAGGACAAGAAACUAACACUGAAUGACAUCUACAGCUUCAUUGUUUCCAAGUUUCCGUAUUACGAGAAUAACAAAAAAGGAUGGCAGAACAGCAUCAGACACAACCUGAGCCUGAACGAGUGCUUCGUGAAAGUGCCCCGGGACAGCGGUGGGGAGGGGAAAGGCAAUUUCUGGACGCUGGAUCCUGCGUUCGAAAAUAUGUUCGAGAAGGGGAAUUACAGGCGCAGGCGGCGCAUCAAGAGACCCUACAGACCACCCACCUUAACGUAUUUACCUGGAACUUCGGGGUUUAAUUUGACAGAUUCAUAUUGCCUGCAACAGGAGCCCGUUUACUGGCAAACCCCGUUCGUCAGCAGCGCCACCACCGCCUGGAGUCAACACCAACCCAGCUCUCCAUCGCAGCUUGCUAACUUCCAGCACCUGCAGCCCAUGUUCGGCAACGCGCGUCCUCUGUCUCCAAACGAUUUCGCCAACUCUCCCGUGAGUUAUUAUCACGGUCAUCCUCACAUCCUCCCGUCCUACAGGGCGUAUCAGCGGCAUCCGAACGCUCUGGUGCCUCUGAGCGCGCGCACGUACAGCGGGAUGACGCCGCCGGUGAGUCCGGGCGGAAGCUCCAUCGCCACCUGCAGCUAUCAGCAGCCUCACAGCAGCCACCCUGAACUGGUGCAUCAUGCAUUCGAAUGACGAAUUACAGACUAAUGUGGAUCCAUAUUUGAUAUUUUCAAAUCAUAACAUCAGUGUUUCUUGAUGUUAAUCCCUGGAAAUAGUAAAAGUGUUAAGUGGUCGGAAAUAAUGUUUCUGAAUUUGGAGACUUGGAUAGGCUAUUAAAAGUAAAGUAUGUACAUAACAUAAAGUAUGUCGGAUAAGAAAAACAACAUUUGUUGAAUUUGUUAUUAUUUUGAGUAAAAUUAAGUUCUGAAAUGUCUAUAUUUUUACAAGGUUGCAAACCAAACAUAAAUUUCUACAUUAGUUUAAUAAUUAAUAGGCUACAUUGAAAGUGAUGGGUUUACAGUUGGAUCUUAAUAAAUUACAUACUUUCCAAUGUUUAUUAAUAGUUACGUUGAAACUGUUUUCCUCAUUAAAUUCAGCAAAUGUUUACAGAAAGCAUCAAGCAAGUUAAGCAUAUUUAUUUUGCCAUAUGUUGAGCUAUAGUUGACUGAAGUUCUUAACUUUUUGAUAGCAUUUUACUGUGUAGAAAAGUUAUUGCUUAGGACAGAUGAGGUGGACCGUUUUUAAACUCUUUGCACACCUGCAUGCUUUACAAGAGUUCCUUAUCUAUUCAGAGGUAUGUUUUCUUUGAAGACGCGUUUUUAUAUUAAAUAGACAUGUUUAUUGUCUGUAUUCGUUUGGAAAUAUUUUUCUAUGUAAACUUGUUCAGGUUUUUCU